AUGCCUGCCAUCUGGAUCACUGUCAACCCCAACGAUAUCAACAACCCGGUCAAGAUGAGGCUCUCCAUCCACAGGCUCCACGAGCAUGACACAGCAAAGGAACUGCUAGCCGAUCUCCGGGGAAGAUAUGAUAGGAUCGCCCUCAGCACCAUGGACCCAGUUAGCGCGGCCAUCUUCUUCCAUCGAGAAAUCUCGCUGUUUUUUGAGAAAUACGUCAGGACGGGCCAAGAAUCGAUUUUCGGAAAGAUCAGCCAUUACUACGCCACAGUCGAGACGAAUGACCGAGGCAGUCUGCACUUGCAUGGACUGCUCUGGUUGGAGGGUAACAUGCAGUUGCCUUCCCUGGUCGAUGAUAUGGCAAAGCCCGACGAGGAGGGAUACCGUGCCCAAGUGGUUCGGUAUCUGGAUUCGGUCUUUAACGAAUGCUUAGACGAGGAAGCUGGAAAAGCUGUCCGAAAGGAGAGGAAGCCGAUUGAUCCGGUCGAGGGAAUGAUGCACAACACCGAGGCUCUCGCAGCAGUCUUUGACAAGGAGUCUAAUUACAUUGCGUACUGUUGCCAGGUUCACUCGCACACCUACACAUGCAUUAAGUAUUCUCUAAAGGGACUCGUCGGAGAUGGCGCGCAUAAGCAUAGACGGACGCCUUGUCGAUUCAAGGCGCCUUGGAAGAUCGUCGAGGAAUCCGGAUUCACAGAAGAUGGCUUGCUCAAGAUCCGGCGGAACCACCCGCUUGUCAACCGAUAUAAUAAAGCCAUGGCAGUCGGCCUCCGUCACAACCACGACGUCUCGAUGAUCUUGACGAAAACCAAGGGACUCGCCAUGGUAUUUUACAUCACAAACUACGCCACCAAGUUGGACACGCCCAUGUGGAAACGCCUUGUCUUCGCUGCUGAUGUUCUUCGACAGCUUCGUGAAUCUGCCGCGUUGAGGGGUCCAAAUCUUGCCGAACAGGAUGCCCAACGCCAGGCUGUGGUGAACGAGAGUCGUCAGUUUCUGAUGAGAGCGGCCAACCGAAUAUUUUCCGAUAGACAGCUUUCGGCCGUAGAGGGAUUCAUUAGCGACGACCAUAUAGACGAGCACCCGGUGUAUUUCAAACGAAACUCGGUUCUCCACCUGGCCUUGUUUGUACCAUGGGAAAACUUCCUCUCCGAGACGCGCGGUGAUAUCACGGGCAUAUGGAGGAACCAUGCAGCUACCCUCUGCCCCCGCCUGAGAUCCCGUGUCGCAAACAUCUCCCUCCUCAGAAAAUCGGCUGAGGAUGCUCGUAAAGACGCGAAGCUCUGGGCUAGCCGGUCGGAAGGCGACGACACAGUGGAUGUGGACUUUCCUCUGGAUGAAGGCGAUUAUAACGAAGACCCAACCAUGGCAGAGCAUCACCAAAAAUAUACGGCCCUCCUCCAGAUUCUUCGAAAUGCUGUGCGAGACUCCGACGCAACGAGAGACUCUCUAGUCCUGCAAAGUCUGAUCCGAGACUUUUGCCAGGAGAACCCGACACAAGAGGACCGGCCUUUCAUCCAACGUCACUACGAUUUCUAUCAGCAGAUUCGCGCUCGUCAGGACAGCCUCUUGUCUCGGUGUCCGAUUCCUUCUGCAGAAGAUGUUCAGGCGGCGGCGAAGGCCCAGGACAUGCUCCAUCUCCGGAUGCUCAAUGAGAUGGAAGGCGGCGUCCAAGGUGAUACAACCUCCAUUGGCGAUGCGGACACCGACGAUCUGCUUGUUCGGCAGUGUGACGCGGACAUCCCCAUUCCGAGACAACUGGAAGACUCGGCCGUACAGAGACCUCGGAUGGUUGUUGAGGUAGGCUCCAGCAGAGGAUUUGUGGAGUUGGGACUUCUUGCCGCCUCUAGCUACACGCUCAACGAUCUGCAGAGCAUGGCACUUCAACUUUACGUCGGAGGUCCAGGCGGUCAGCCACAUCACCUCCAGAUUACCGGCACAUCGGGCAGUGCGGCUGCUCAGAUCGGCGGGACGACACUCCACUCGGCAUGUGGCCUGGAUAUCAGUCGUCCUCACGACAAACAACAGCCUCCAAUGUUCUCGGAAGCGAAAAAAUGGAUGUGGAAGCAAAAGUUGGCUCUCGUGAUCGACGAAUUCGCCCCCGUGCUUGAGGCGACCAUUGCUCACCACCGUGGCCAUAGUCUAUGGCUGAUGUUCAAGACUGUCAUCCUUCUCGAGGAACAAGUCCGCGCGCGAGACGAUCCUCAGCUAGGCGCUCUUUUGGACAGAGUACGCGCUGGAACACAGACGAUAGAGGAUCUUGACUUGCUCAACACCAAGCUCGUGGACCGCUCCCAAAUCACGUUCAAGGAUGACUUGCGCGCUAUAACACCGCUCAAUCGCAGGGCCCGCUUUCACCAGAGACACAUCUCAAUCUUCGUCUCGGCCCACACCUGGCGCAGUCGAGCCUUAUCCCAGCAGGAGGUGGCUCAUACCAUCGAACAAGGCGACAACUCAAACUGCAAGAUCCCCGGGGUUUUCUUCUACGCCCAGGGAUGCCUGUAG